UCAACGCACUUGUAGUGCCCCACCCAUUAGAGAUGCUGCUGUUUUGAUUGGCCAAUCCCGAGGAAACCUAAACCAUCCGUGCGACGUACAGAGGACUUCGAUGAUCUCACUUCGACCGGCUGUGCCCCUUUUUCCUCAUUGAAGUUUUUUUUAAUGUGGACCAAAGUUGGCUGAAAACGAAACCGUUUAACAUUCACGCCCUCAGCAUCAUCAUCCUCAUCCUCAGCAUCUUCAUCUUCAGACGUCAGGAGCGCCGUUAAAUCACCGCCACCAUCACCACCUCCAGCAGCAUCAUCAGCGACGCCAACGCCGCCAUCACCCUCGUCAUGUACCAGAAGGGCACCAAGAGGAAGUUUGCGGACACCGCGGACGGCUGCGGCGGGGGCGGUGAGGAAGAGGAGGAGGAGGAAGCUGCAGCGGCGCUGGGCCUAGGCUUGGGCUGCGCCGCCGGCGUGGAGCUCGGAGUGGGCGUCACCAGCCUGGGCGUGAGCGUCGGUGUGGGUGUCGGCGUCGGCGGACUUGGCGGUCUGACCGGUGAGGACGCGGUGAGUCUGCGCAUGCUGUCGUCCUACAGCCUGCAGAGGCAGACGAUGCUCAACAUGUCGCUGGUCAAGCUGCAGCUGUGCCACAUGCUGGUGGAGCCCAACCUGUGCCGCUCCGUGCUCAUCGCCAACACCGUACGACAUAUACAGGAGGAGAUGACCUACGACCUCACCUGGCAGGUGGGGGCUGCGGUGGAUGCCAUGAGCCAGGCCCACAGUCAGCUGGAGCAGGAGGCGCAGCAGCAGCUGGAGCAGGAGGCGCAGGAGAGCCUGAGCGCCACCUCCGACCUCCUGUGCCGCUCCGCCCUGACCGGGGAGGAGCCCGACCAGCAGCCGUCCACGCCCUUCAACGCGCUGGUGUACUCCGGGGAAGACGACGCUGACGCUGACGUGGAGGACAAGGAGGAGGAGGAGGAGGAUGUGGUGGUGGACGAGGAAGGAGACGCAGCGCUGGCUCUGUCCUCCUCUUCCUCUUCAUUAGGAGUCGCCGUGUCCUCCACUGGGGAGGGGCCCUUCCUCUCCGGCAGGCUGGCCCUGGGAGGAGCAGGAGUAGGAGGAGGGGGGCCCCUGGGCCUGGGGCCGCGAUGGCAGGGGGACCCCCCUGAGGGCAUGGACCUGGGGGACGACGAGGACGAGGAGGACGGCGCCAACGCCACCGUGUUUGGAAAGGGCGUCGAUGUCAGUGUCGAUGACGACAAUGAGGGCUCGGAGAGCGAUGGCGCGUACGAGAGGACAGCAGCAGGUGCCGCAGCGACGACGAGGACGACAAUGACAAUGUCCCUGCGGAGGAGGACAGCGGGGGGGCAGGUCGCGGUCGGGGUCAGAGGUCACAAGGCGGGGGCGUCGUCGUCAUCGUCAGCGGGGCCGCCAGAGCACAUGCUAGGGCCGCUGUUCGAGGCCAACAGGCCGACGCCGGUGCCCGAGGCCGCGCUGGAGGAACUCUUCUCCGACGUGGAGGCCUCCUACCUCGACCUGGACUCCGUGCUCACCGGCAUGCAGGGGGGCGGCGCCGCCACGGGCACCGUAGGGGGCGUAGGGGGCGUAGUAGGCGUAGGGGGCGCCACACUUGAGCUGCUGGAGGGGCUGAGUAGUACUCCCAUCCCCACCGCCAUCGCCAUAGUUACCCCAACCCCCACCACCACCACCACCGCCCCCCCGGAGCAGCAGACGCACGCCCCCCUCCUCCCCCAGUCGGUGGCGUUAGCGGCGCCGGCGGCGACCCAGACUCCCCUGAGCGCGUCCGCGGGGUGCCGACCCGACCAGACGGCCCUGAACGCGGCCGCCGGGUGCCGACCCGACCUGAGCGAACUAGACCACAUCAUGGAGAUCAUUGUAGGAUCCUAG